CAGAGGUAUUGCUCUUCACCACUGUGAACUAAGUGCCAAGGUCCAACGAUGUCAGCCCAAAUCAUCAGUGGCAAAGAAGUUUCAGGACAGGUGAGGGAGAGGCUGAAGAAGCAGGUGGAACAGAUGAAGGCUGAAGACCCCAACUUCAAACCUGGUCUGGUGGUCUUACAGGUGGGAGACCGAGAUGAUUCAAACCUCUACAUCAGCAUGAAGCUGAAAGCGGCAGCAGAGAUUGGAAUAAAUGCCACACACAUGAGGCUCCCCAAGACUGCAACAGAGGAUGAGAUUCUUCACAGUGUCAGAGAAGUGAAUGAAAACUCAUCUGUCCACGGCCUCAUUGUUCAGCUGCCAUUGGACUCCAUCCAUAAAAUCGACACAGAGAAGGUCACUAAUGCUGUGGCCCCUGAGAAGGAUGUAGAUGGCCUGACCAGUAUCAAUGCGGGGAAGCUGUCUCGUGGAGACCUAGGUGACUGCUUUAUCCCUUGCACUCCAAAUGGCUGCAUGGAGCUCAUCAGACAGACUGGUGUUUCAGUGGCAGGGAAGAAAGCUGUGGUGAUUGGUCGCAGUAAAAUUGUGGGUGCGCCAAUGUAUGACCUGCUGCUGUGGAACCAUGCCACUGUCACCACUUGUCACUCAAAGACUGCUGACCUUGCUGCAGAGGUGGGCAAAGCAGACAUCCUUGUUGUGGGCAUUGGAAAAGCAGAGAUGGUGAAGGGCGAGUGGAUCAAGAAAGGAGCCGUGGUUAUCGACUGCGGUAUCAAUCACAUUCCAGAUGCGACCAAGCCUAAUGGGAAGCGAGUGGUGGGGGAUGUCCACUACGCCGCAGCCAAGGAACAGGCUGGCUUCAUCACCCCGGUGCCUGGCGGCGUGGGGCCCAUGACUGUCGCCAUGCUGAUGGCGAACACUGUCCUGAGUGCACAGCGUUUCCUGGAGAGCCAUAAACCAGGGAAAUGGAAUAUUCGUUACAGCAAGCUUAAUCUCCAGAGGCCUGUGCCAAGUGACAUAGUGAUUUCUCGCUCCUGCGUGCCCAAACCUAUUGAUCAGCUGGCCGAAGAGGUGGGUCUGCUCUCUGAUGAGGUGGAGCUGUAUGGCAAGACUAAAGCCAAGGUUCAGCUAGAGAGCAUCAAGCGCCUGCAGACCCAGCCUGAUGGCAAAUACGUGGUUGUCACUGGCAUCACACCAACCCCGCUGGGGGAGGGAAAGAGCACCACCACCAUAGGUCUGGUCCAGGCACUUGGGGCCCACAUGAAAUUAAACGUCUUUGCCUGUGUCCGGCAGCCCUCCCAGGGGCCAACGUUUGGCAUAAAAGGUGGUGCUGCAGGAGGUGGAUAUUCCCAAGUCAUUCCAAUGGAAGAGUUCAACCUCCAUCUCACUGGUGACAUCCAUGCAAUCACUGCUGCCAACAAUCUAGUGGCCGCAGCUGUUGACACUCGCAUGUUCCAUGAGUCGACCCAGUCUGACACGGCUCUGUACAACAGGCUGGUCCCCCUUAGUGGAGGUCAAAGGAAGUUCUCCCCCAUCCAGAUCAGUAGACUAAAAAAACUGGGCAUUGAAAAGACUGAUCCCAAAACUCUAACUGAAGAGGAAAUUACUCGUUUUGCCCGCUUGGACAUAGACCCUGACUCCAUCACCUGGCACAGAGUGUUGGACACCAAUGACCGUUUCCUAAGAAAGAUCACCAUUGGCCAGUCAACGACUGAAAAGGGAUACACCAGAGAGGCGCAGUUUGACAUCACUGUGGCCAGUGAGAUCAUGGCGGUGUUGGCCCUUACCAGCAGCCUGCAGGAUAUGCGCCAGCGCCUGGCCAACAUGGUGGUGGCCACCAACCGCAGUGGCCAGCCCAUCACCACUGAGGAUCUGGGUGUGAGUGGUGCACUAGCUGUGCUGAUGAGAGACGCCAUCAAGCCAAACCUGAUGCAGACUUUGGAGGGAACCCCAGUGUUUGUCCAUGCUGGUCCCUUCGCCAACAUCGCCCACGGCAACUCCUCUAUCCUCGCAGAUAAAAUUGCCUUGAAGCUGGUUGGACCUGAGGGUUUUGUAGUAACCGAGGCUGGUUUUGGCGCUGACAUCGGUAUGGAGAAGUUCUUCAACAUCAAGUGUCGAUACUCGGGCCUGAGGCCACAUGUAGUUGUGCUGGUAGCCACCGUUCGAGCCUUGAAGAUGCACGGAGGAGGACCAACAGUCACUGCUGGGAUGCCAUUGCCCAAGGAAUAUGUGGAAGAGAACCUUGAGCUACUGGAGAAGGGCCACAGUAACCUGAGGAAGCAGAUAGAGAAUGCAAAGCACUUCGGGGUCCCUGUGGUGGUGGCUGUAAAUGCUUUCAAGACUGACACCGCAGCUGAACUGGACCUGAUCUGUAGACUUGCCAAGGCUGCUGGGGCCUUUGAUGCUGUGUACUGCUCCCACUGGGCCGAGGGUGGAGCUGGUGCAUUGGCAUUGGGCCAGGCAGUCCAGAAGGCCUCUGAGGCCCCCAGCAACUUCAGGUUCCUGUAUGAUGUGGAGCUGCCCAUUGCCGAUAAGAUCCGGAUCAUAGCCCAGAAGAUCUAUGGGGCUGAUGACAUUGAGCUGCUCCCAGAUGCCCAAUGCAAAGUGGAGCUCUACACCAAACAGGGUUUCAGCAACCUGCCCAUUUGCAUGGCAAAGACCCACCUGUCGCUUUCUCACGAGGCAGACAAGAAGGGUGUGCCCACAGGAUUUGUUCUGCCCAUCAGAGACAUCAGGGCCAGUGUGGGUGCUGGCUUUCUUUUCCCUCUGGUUGGCACGAUGCCAACGAUCCCUGGUCUGCCCACCAGACCAUGUUUCUAUGACAUUGACAUUGACCCAGAGACUGAGCAGGUCAAUGGACUCUUCUGAAGUGGAGCCCUGAACUGCUUACUGAGAUGACCUGUCAAUCACUGAGCCUUAAUGAACUGUGAUGGAGUAAUCACUGAAAGCACCUGCCUGCUGCCUGCCAAUAUAUUUUUGUUAAGUUAAUCUCACUCAGCCACUAACCACUGACAUUUGUAAAUAAUUCAUUUCCUUUGCUCUUAAGGCCACUGAAGGCUAAAUCAAGAACUUAAUUAAUCAUUCAACGGGUUGUCCACUAGAAAAGGCGACUGUUCGAUAUACUUAAAGCAGAGGAAAAUGUUUUGUCCACAAUCAACCCCUCAUUCCCUGUGUUGUAUAUUCCCUUUCUUGUGCUUCAGGUAGUUAUGGUGAUUAUACAUUUUAAGGCGGUACUAUUAUACAUUUUAAGGCAGUACUAGCAAAACAAUGUUUGGAGUCUAGCAUGUAGUUUAGUUUCCAUACCUGUAUUGUGUGCACUACAACAUACGUCCAUUCUCAUCAACAACGAAACGAGUUGACCAUGCCUUUUACAUAGUUUUAAACGGUGUUAUUACACAGUAUGAGGCCCAGCAUAAACCCGACACGGUUCUACAAAAUGUAUUUGAUAAUUUUUUUGUGUGUGUGCUCUAAUGAAGUAUCUUCAGUGUGUUACACUGAUGAUGUAAUCAACACUACUGUCAAAUUAGGAUAUCAAGAUGAUGUAAAAACAAUUUCUUGUUAAAGAGUCAAUUCUCUUUUAUUAAAAAGCCACACAUGGCUCCUGAUGUUUCAGAAAUACUACCCUGCUGUAUCCAUCUAUUCUUUCAAAAAACCCGUAUCUGUCUCCUCGAACUGUCUGAUUUUUUCUUUGCUUUGAAUAUAGUCUGUACUUACAGUAAUUGUGUGUAAUGUGUGGCUGCAGGAUUGGAGGUUUACAGACAAUUAGUGAUCCUCUUUUCUUUUCUCAAAUCAGAGAAGAAAAUGAGUCUGACAUAAGCAGCCCAGGGAGCAGGUGGCCUGUUCUGGUCUGAUCUGUAAGGCAUAUCACAAAUGUGGAAUAGGAAUUAGGUUUUGUUUUCUGUGGCAAAUGUAGGAUACUGUCAGUGGAUGAUAAAAUGAUUAAGUUGUCAAAAUAACUAUACGUUUGAAUGUUUUUCUCACCAUCAUUUUAGUAUAUCUAUGGAUUUUUCACAACAAUGAAUUAAUGUGAAUUCCCUUUACAAUACAACAACAGCAAGUUUAAUUGUGGUGCGUCACUCUGUAACUAAGUAUUUUAUUUCAAUAUACUGGCAGCUCGGGGACAUGGGAGGGGUUAGCAAUAUAUUUGCAGUGUGUAAAACAUCAAUCAUAGCAUCACCAUGGCAACCUGUAAUGAUGCUGGUGUGUUGGUGCUGAGGAUGACAGAGCUCUGCUGAACGCUGAAGUGCAGAGGCACACGCAAAGCAUGACUUCAGGGGUUGUAUAUAUGCCGUGUCUUGUGGAGUGGAAUGAAUAGACG